GUUAGAUACACCAGAGUCUGUCUGUGUGUCGCACGAUUGUGCGAAUGUCGGACGUGAUAGCGGUGAUUUUUUGUUUCUUUUGAAUACUUUCCGAGUGUUUCCAAAGGUUUGACAUACCCAUAGCAAUUGAUAUACAAGUAUUUGAUAUGCCCAGAAGUGAAGAUUCCGAGAAGAGGAAGAGGAGAAAAUCGUCGGAGAGUAGUUCUAGUAGUUCCUCUUCGAGUUCCUCCAACUCUGAUAGCGACUCGAGUUCCACCUCCAGCAGCUCCUCAGAAGACAGAGGGGAAGACAAAGGCCGUCCUGAGAAGGAUAGAAGCAGGCAGUCUCCUUCAGAAGACAGAAGGGAAGACAAACGCCGUCCUGAGAAGGAUAGAAGCAGGCAGUCUUCCCUCUCCAAAGACACUCGUGGACACAGAGGCAGGCGAGACAGUUUCAACUCGGAUGAGGACUCUGUGAAAAAGAGGACAAGAAGUCCAAAGGAUGAGAGAUCCAGAUCACAUUCCAGUUUAUCUAGACGAUCCAGAUCACCAAGUGGAAAACCAAGACUCUCUCCUGCAGACUCAAGAUCAAAUUCCAAAAGUGGUCAAAAUGCAUCAUCAAGACAUUCUUCCACAGGUCGAUCUACAUCUCGGUCUUCGUCCAGACAUGGACAACAGGAUCGGCCAUCAUCGUCAAAAGGAUCUCAUCUGGAGAUUCGCAGAGAAGAUGUAACGCGAUCAUCCUCUAGAGGUUCACAGAAAGAGGGAAAGAAAUCUGAAAAGCAGGCCAGGACCCCGUCAUCAAGCCCUCCACCUCAAAGGAAUGAAAGAAAAGAAAAAAUUGCACGGACUCCGUCUUCAAGCCCACCUAGAAGAAAAGAAGAUGAUAAAAGACAGGAGAGAUUGCGUCACUCCAGUCCUCCUCAAAGAAGUGAAAAGAUUAGGCCUAUAGAUGCAUCACCAGAUGUGAGGCAGUCUUCAGACAGAAAAUCUCAGAGAAGGCAGUCGUCCAACUCGGAUUCACCAAGCCACACCCCUCCAAGGAAAGAUAGAUAUGACAUCUCGAAGUACCAGGCAGAGAGUGGUGCCUCAGAGUCGGAAGAUGACACCAAGAGUCGUAAAAAGAAACACGACAUGCGGAAUUUCGAGAGUGAACCCGAGAGUGGGGAAUGUACUGAUUCAGAAGAUGACAAGAAGAUAAAAAGUGCAGUCAGGAGGAAGAUGGAGGAAGAGGAUAGAUAUCGCCGGAGACGUCAAAAUGAAUACUCCAUGGACGACAGACGGAGCAAUAGAGACGUCAGGCGCCGUAGAUACAGUCCAGACAGAAACAGAAGGAAUGAUCGUUACAGAGAUGAUAGACAGUGGGAUCGCAGGCGAUCACCUGAUAGAAGAAGAAACGAUCAAGGUCGCGGUUCAGUGGACAGAAAGAGAGGUGAUGAUUUCCGGAAAUCCCAAGCUCAAAAUGAACGAAAAAAGGAGGAGGACAGCAAAGACAAAGCAGCAGACAGUGGGCCGAGAGAUGGAGAGAAGGUGGAGAACACUGCCAAAAUAUCAAAGGAAGCGGAAGUGAUGUCACUAACAACAAGAACCGGAGGGGCGUACAUUCCUCCCGCUCGACUGAGGGCCAUGCAAGCCAGCAUUACCGAUAAGUCAAGUGAAGCAUAUCAGAGAAUUGCAUGGGAAGCCCUGAAGAAAAGCAUCAAUGGUUUGAUAAACAAAGUCAAUGUUUCCAACCUUCAGUUUGUGGUCCAAGAAUUGUUCCAGGAGAACAUUGUUCGGGGAAGAGGACUGGUGUCCCGUUCGAUCAUACAAGCCCAGACUGCCUCGCCCACCUUCACUCAUGUGUACGCUGCAUUGGUGGCUAUUGUCAACACCAAAUUUCCACAAAUAGGGGAGCUCAUUUUGCGACGUCUUGUGAUUCAGUUCCGGCGUGGCUUUAAGCGAAAUGACAAGACCCUCUGUCUCUCCUCCACUCAGUUCAUUGCUCAUCUAGUGAACCAGCAAGUGGCCCACGAGGUGCUGGCAUUAGAAAUUCUUACGCUGUUACUGGAGACCCCCACUGAUGAUUCGGUGGAAGUGGCUGUGGGGUUUCUAAAGGAGUGUGGACAUAAACUGACCGAGGUCACACCCAGGGGAAUCACAGCCAUAUUUGAGAGAUUGAGAAAUGUGUUACACGAGGGGAGUAUCGAUAUUCGAGUCCAGUAUAUGGUGGAAGUAAUGUUUGCAAUUCGUAAGGAUGGCUUUAAGGACCACCAGUCUGUUGUUGAGGACCUGGACCUAGUUGCAGAGGAGGACCAGUUUACUCACCUUCUGACGUUGGAAGAUGAGGGAAAAGCAGAAGAAAUCCUCAAUGUGUUCAAGGUUGAUCCUGAAUACGAAGCUAAUGAAGAAAAGUAUAAAGAACUGAAAAGGGAUAUUUUGGAUGAAGGCAGUUCUGAUGAGGAGUCAGGAAGCGGUUCUGGCUCGGAGAGUGACAGCGAAGAUGAGGGGGAGGAGGGUGAAGAAGGAGAGAAACAAACUAUUAUUGACCAAACGGAAACCAAUCUGAUCGCACUGAGAAGAACAAUUUAUCUAACAAUCCAGAGUGCCUUAGACUUUGAGGAAUGUGCUCACAAACUUCUGAAGUUGGAACUGAAACCUGGACAAGAGGUUGAGCUCUGCAACAUGAUUCUUGACUGCUGCGCUCAGCAAAGAACGUAUGAGAAGUUUUUUGGACUGCUUGCUCAGCGGUUCUGUAUGAUUGACAAGAAGUAUAUCGAGCCAUUCCAGAACAUGUUCAAGGAACAGUACGACACUGUACACAGACUGGAAACAAACAAACUCAGGAAUGUCGCCAAGUUCUUUUCUCAUCUGCUGCACACAGACGCCAUUUCAUGGGAGGUUCUGGAGAUCAUCAGAUUAAACGAGGAUGACACGACCUCAGCCAGCCGAAUCUUCAUCAAAGUAUUAUUUCAGGAAUUGUCCGAGUACCUUGGUUUACCAAAACUCAAUGACAGACUCAAAGAUCCGACUCUCCAGCCCUACUUUGAGGGGUUGCUGCCCAGGGACAACCCAAAAAACACCCGGUUCUCCAUCAACUUCUUCACCACCAUUGGUCUUGGUGGGCUGACUGAUGAUCUCAGAGAGCACUUAAUCAAUGUGAAAAAAGAAGUAGCUCAACAGCAGCAGCAGGAGGGGAGCUCUUCUUCCUCCUCCUCCUCAUCUGAUUCCUCAUCUGACUCCUCAUCCUCAGACAGCAGUAGUUCCUCAUCAGAUAGCUCCUCAGAGAGCUCCUCAGAAGAUGAGGCACCGAGGAAGAAAAGAAAAGAUGUAGCAGCCAAGACUAGGAGUGGAGAGAAAUCCAGGAAAGACUACACUAAUGGGGACAUACAACAGAGGGAGAAAAGGAGAGGGGGAGAGGAAAGUACAGAGAAUGUGCGGUCGAAAAAAAGGGAUAGAGAAGAGAGUCCAGAAAAUAUGCGAUCAAAACGGAGGGGCAGGGAGGACAGUACGGAGAAUGUUCGGUCAAAAAGAUACAAGGAAGAGAGUCCAGAUAAUGCCCGGUCAAAAAGGAGAGACAGAGAGGACAGUCCAGAUAAUGCCCGGUCAAAGAGGAGAGACAGAGAGGACAGUCCAGAUAAUGUCCGGUCAAAGAGGAGAGACAGAGAGGAAAAUACCAAGACUGUCCGCUCAAAAAGAGACCAGGAAGAUAGUCCAGAAAAUGCGUGGUCAAAACGGAGAGGAAGGGAGGGAAGUCCACAGAAUGGGCGAUCUAGAAGGCGAGAGCAACAGGAGAGUCCGGAAAACACAGGAUCCAAGUGGGAAGACUCCAAAUCUGAUAGACUUAAUGACAGGUAUUCUAAUGAUGUUAAUGAAAAAUGGAGAGACCGAGAGAAUGACAGAAGGAGAAACAGAGAUGAAAGUGAUGACAACAGAGCUAUCAAGUAUAAUGAUAGGAGGAGAGAGAGAGGAAAUGAAGAGGAGGAUUACGACAGACGAUCAAAGGCGAGGCAAAGACGAGUAGAUGAGGAGCAACAUAAUAAUAGACGGGGAGAAAGUCCUGAUGACAAUUACAGAGGAAAUUAUCGACCAAGAGAGGAACAGAGCAGGGAGUCUAAAAGGAAACAGGAUCCUAGAGAAAAUGGUUACAGAGGAAGAAGUCCGGAAAAAGAGAGAGAUAGGAUGAGUAGAAAUAGACCAAGAAGUCCUGAAAAUGAUAGAGAACAAAGUAGAAAUAAUCGUUGGAGAGAGGAAUCAAGGGAAGAGAGAAAUCAAAGAUACAGGGAGCCUGAGAGAAAUAGGAGACCGGAGGAGGAGGACCAAAGGAGGAGGUACAAAGACAAUAUAGAGAGAAGUGGGCGGAGUUAUGAGAAAGACGGUAGUGGAGAAAAGAGGCCAAGACGAGAUGAUAGAGAGGCAACGAGAGUUGACAGGAAGAGAGAGGUAGAUGGAGAACGAGAAAGGUUGAAUAAACACAGAGAUACAGAGAAGAGAAGGAGAGGUUCUGAUGAAGAGGAGGAAGAAGAAAGAAGGAAAUACACGGAAGAAGAGGAAAAGAGUAAGAGGAAUAAAGGCAGCAGCAGAAGGAGUGAGGAAUCGUCUAGUGAAGACAGCGAUUCCUCCAGUGAUUCCGAUUCCAGCAGUUCGGAGGAUUCGUCUAGUGACAGUUCAGAGGAUUCCUCGCCCUCACCCCCGAGGAAGAGGAAGCACUCAGAUUCGGAGAGUGACAGUGUUAGAGAGUCAGUGAAAAAAAGACGAGACUCGUUUGAACAUGAGGACAGGCGUGACAGUAGACAGUAUAGUUCUCAAAGAAAUAUUCGUGGCAGGGAAAGAGACCACAGGAGAUGAGUUUCCAUAUGCAAGCUGAGAGUGCUGUCAUUUAAUAUGUCAUUGGUUGCAUGUACAUUAAAAUUACGUGCUUUAUUUCAUAUCUAUCACAGAACCCUAAGGGUUUUUUCUAGACAAAAAAAUGGUUGAAUUAAAAAAUGUACUGAA